AUGGCCGAAGUCAUUGGCAUCGUUGCGUCGGCCAUCACCAUCGGCGCGAGUGCAGCUCAACUCUCGCUUGCCCUGUUCGAUGUAGCACACACAAUCAAGAACGCCCCCAAACAGAUUGGGGAGAUUGCGGAGGAAUUCUCCUUGGUUUCUGAGAGUCUGCAAACACUUGCAGAUAUCAUUCGCGCCAAUCAGAACUUGUGCAAGCCAGCGCUUUUUAAAAAUACCCAUACCAUAAUUUCACGGUACAAACAAGUCGAUGCCGAGAUCAAGAAGUUGAUAGAUACGCCCCGGAAACUGGCAGGACUCCAGUGGUACAUCAACAAACCCAAAGCAAAGGGGCUUUUGAAAAAGGUUGAAGGUAUCAAAACCGCUCUCAUCCUGGAACUGAACAUCAUACGCCUUGCGAGAGAAGAAUUCACUCGUCCUCAAACUGAAACUGGUCCCAGUAUUUCAGUUGGACUUCCACCAAAUUUCAACCGGUUUCGAAAAGUGGUAGAGAGCGCUGUUCAGGCCAACCGCAAAGUAGUAGAGAACGCGCAACAGGACGACAAGGAUUCCGGUACCGGAAGACAAAAAUACACCAAUGCAGAAUUGGAUAUAUGGAAAGAGGGCUCUUUCGACACUGCAACAUGGCUAUAUCACCUAGUCUUCAGCCCCGACAUGCCCGAUGCAUCUGAGGCAAAUGCAAAAAGACGUCGGCUCCACCAAGCCUCUGUUGCUGAUGAGUCCCACUCCUCUGAAGAGGAUUCAACUUCGCAUAAACAAGAAGAAGAUUCAGAAAAAAAGUCCAUGAUUGUAUGGAACAAGCAAACCGAACCUGGCUUGGUUGUAGACAGGCUCCUCUCCUCCUGGACUACGUUGUCCUCUGAUCAGAUCACUCGUAGCGCAGCCAAUCAAGAUGGCAACGAAUGGAGAGAGGAUCUCUUGAAAAACAUUGAACAGGCGAAAAAGGAAGAUGACUUAUCUUUCGAUCAGUGGGAGUUACAGAACGAGCCAGUGAGAUCAGACGACGAAGACUUCAAGAGUUUUGAUGAUGAUUCUCUGAGCGGUAUCACUAUGCCAACAUACAAUUUUCACAGCAACACCAGGAAUCACCGCAGCCGUAGUGUAUCGAAACCGGGUGAUGAUGAUGAUCCGUGGUCCUUCAAGUCUGGCGAGUCGCCGGUACAUCGUGAUGUACAACCCAAUCGGCCCAAUAUUGUCAUUUACAACACUAGUCGCGAAUCAAGGCCAAAGCGGUCAGCUGGUGAACACCGGGUGAGGUGGGAAGAAGACAUGUUACCUCUUGAGCGCGAACGCGAGCGCGAACGCCGCCAAAGGUACUCGGGAUACACAAGACCUUCGUAUGCUGAUAACGAAAGCAUUACCUCCAGAGUUCAUACUAUAAGCAGUGAUCGGACUGCUUCUACAAAGGGUAGACCUACAAGUAAUCUCUCCAGCGCAACCGCAUCCAGCCACAAUCCAUUUGAUCCGAGACCUACUCCAUGGCAUGACCGCUUUGAACGAGUGCCAUCAUGGGAGGAACCAGUCUCAGCAUUUCCACAAGGGUCGUCAAAUCCUUUCAGCCAUCCUAUCGAUCCUUGGGCUCAUUGGUCCUCUGCCGCACCUCCCUAUUAUGCUCCUCCUCCUCCACCUGCUCCAAUACCACCGCCAACUCCAACUCAAUUCCACCCGAAUCCAUCAUUCCAAGAUACUCAUACUUCUCCUCCCCCUCGUGUUUCUCCAGAGGAGCAGCCAAAUGAAGCCGAAACAGCGGCGAAAGAGAAAGCCAUCGUGACCGCGAUAGAGAAACUGCUGGAAAAACGAAGCCAAGACAAUCAGUUGGAUCCAAACGAGCCACGCUUCUUGAAACUGGUGGAACUCUUGACUGCACAGCAAGAGCGUGAAGCACAGAAUGAACGCGAGCGAGCCAAUGCAGCCACCGAAACUCAAAUAAAAUUGAUGCAAGCAAUGCAUGACAAAGACAACGAACGAUUGAAGCAACUCGAAAGCCUUGUUGAAGAGAAAAGGGGUGUAGAGGUGGCGUUACAAACUAUGUGGAAGGAAGAAGCUGAGAAAAAAGCCCAAGAAGCGAGAAAUUCUGUCAUGGAAGAGAUGGCUGAGAGGCAAGCAUUGGCAGCCAAAGCAAGAGACGCCGAGAGACAAACACAAAAAGAGGCCGAAGCAAGGGCGGCUAGAGAAAUAAAAAGACUUGAACGUAAUCACCAAAAAGAAAUCAAGCGUUAUGAGGAUUUGCUGCGAGGUUUUCAAGAUCAACAGUUGAAGGCAGAACAGGAUGCACAACUACCGAUACGCCGAACUCGCAUUGCUGAAGGUAAUCGCAGUGUUGAUGUCACGGAGUACUCAACUGACAGACGGAAUCCCUUUCUAUCAUCUUCGUCCAAUCUAAGAAACCUCCAGUAUGGAUUUGCUCAAUUUGGAACAAGCCUUAAACCUCCCAAUGCCCAGCCUCAGCAUCCACGGCACUCACGUCGCAACAGUUUUCGCAGCUCAACUCCAUCUUUACAGUCUUCACAUGCAUCAAUAGGGACUGGGAAUACGUCUAACGCGACUGAAACCUCCCAGCAGCUGAUCAUCUUUCCAGCGAAAGCUGAUCGAGCAUCACGACAAAUAACAAAGCUCCAGACGUCGCUUGCUGCACAUGGCAUCGACUCCACCUUUGAGGACCCGGAUGAAGACCCCGGCAAUCAAAUGAUACCCUACAAUCACGAUGAAUCGGGCGACCAGUUGGUGCGAAGUACCAUUUUCUGGGAAGCGGCAAUGCUGAGCUUGGGAAGCGAGCUUCUAUUGACCAUGCGACAAGCUGGAUGGAGACCAGCGUAUACGAGAACUUCUGAAAAAGGACAAACCCACUUUCUCGGGAAUCAACCGGUGCAUGCCUAUUUCUUUAGUCCAGACUACAAGCCUCAAUUUUCUCCGUCCACGAGAUCGUCCUUCAAGGAGACCAUUGUUAUACAAAAAUCCCUGGUGGAGGAAUACGCACUGAUUGAGUUGGGCUUCGAGUUUGAAGCCAAGGACUCGGGAGUCUACGUCCUAGAUGGAAGACUUACUUAUAACGACAUUGAAAGCCUUGUAGAGAGAUCAUUUCUGAUGAGAGAGAACAAUUAUCGACGGCUACACCGACAGCUCCAAUGGCACUACGACAAAGGUACUAACAAAGCAUCCUCAACGCGACACGAUAGAUCAUACACGCCAUCAAUAGCUUCUACAGCAUCCAUUUACUCGGGAGACGGCGACCACACAUCUUGCGCCGACAGCGAUACAGACACUGAAGCCAAACAAAGCUCCAGAGCUACCACCGUCGCUCGCUAUGACCAUAGUGAUGACGACGGCGAUCACGUGUCUACGCGGAGUAGAAGCAGCAGAGGCGGGAGCCCGGUCAAGUCGCCCUCGAUUGUUUCCUGGGAGUCAAAGUCAACCAAUCCCUUUCGUAAACACAUGAUUCAGGUCAAGGAAAUCAAGGAUGCUCCAAAGCCGCACUCUCCCAGCGUGAGUAUUUGGGAUGAUCCGGCGCCUGAGCCACUUGUGUAG